GACGACGACGACGACGACGACGACGACGACGAUGGCAGAAACAGGAGCAGGAGUAACAGCAACAGCAGCAGCAGCAGCAGCAACGGCAGCGGCAGCGGCAGUAGUUGUCGUACUUUUCGUCGUAGUAACUCUAGUAGCAGUGGUAGUAGUAACAGUAGUAGUAGUUGAUAGUAACAGCGACAAUAGCAAUAGCAGCAACAACAGCAGCAGAACGAUACACCGUCGUCGAUUAUCCACAUUCGCGGCAGCAGAGACAAGGCAGGCCACGGGCCAGACCAGGCGCGACCGAAACCGCGAUAGAUCCGACGGUAUAAAAACAACGUACGCCGAUGAGAGACGGGGCCACUCGCGUUAUAUCGAAUAACCCACGUGUUUACGGCGUUAUAUCCAACUAUCCCACCAUCUAUAAUAUAAUAUUACUCUUCCCAAAUGUCCUUCCUCAAGAUAACUUAUAUAUUCUUAGGAGGAUGCUCCGCGUUGAAAAGUCUCGGCUCUCGAGAUCCGUUCACAUGCUCGCGUUAAAAAAGGCAUCGGGUACUUGCUGCUUAUAUCUCUCUCUCUCCCCAACCUAAUGCCGCAUUCUUAUGUACACCGUAUGUCGGGAUAUUUUCAACUCUUAUACUAUUCUUUUAUUGGCUAGUUUCCGCGGCAAAGCAUACCAAUGUUCGAAUACGGUCUUCACGACUGCAAAAUAAAGAGCUUUCUGAACGCUCUGAAACAUUUAUCAAACGUUUCGUCGAACUUACCUCUGACCAAUCACCGAACUCCAUUAUUGACUUGCGCAGUUUAAAUCGGACAAUUCGGACGACGUACCUUCGUUAUUAAUUAUUUCAGUCAUUUUCUAUCGUUUAAUUCGAUUGAUUAGUUUUGAUAUAAAACGCCUUUGAAUUUUACAAUGUUCUGCUUUUGUUUUCAUAAUGUCAUUUCAUUUCACGCGUUUCGAUGCGAAUUGUUGUAUUUCAAAUUAUCGAAAUUAUUUUCACGUAUUUUCAACUGCGUUUGCGUGACCUUACCGCGUUUAUAAUUUCGUUGGUUCGAUAGAAACGUUGUUAAAGAUACGUUUGGAGGAUUUAGAAUUUCAAAUGAUUUAAUUUUAUCGAUUUUAAAUCUCUUAUAGAAAUCUCUUCUAGGAACUUAUUGAUUAACGGUCAAAAGAAGAUUAGAAGGGAUUAGCAAAAAAAAAAAAAAAAUAGAAGCAAAUAUUUUGUUCGAAUCUACUUGAAUUUGAAUUGCCAGUUGUUUUGAUAAAUUUUGAAGUGCGAAAGUAUAAAAAUAUUUUCAAUCUUUCUACGUUAUAUUCUAUAUAUAUCCAUAUACGUACAUACGUACAUACAUCGUACAAAUAACUAUUUGUCGUAAUUUAUAAUUAUUAUUACUAUCACCAUGGUGACAAGAAGGAAAACAAAUCGCAUUUACGCGCUCUUACAUUUAUUUCUACGAAACUUUUAUAUUUCUAUAUAUUUCAAACGUUAUAUGCUUCGAAUAAUAUGAGUUAUUAUUAUAUUGUAAAUUGAAUAUUAUUACUGUAAUUUAUUGAUAUAUAUAUAUAUAUACAAUGAGGUUUAAAAUAUCUGCACAAAGUAGCAAUGGUCAUAAAAAUUUAGUUACGUGUGCAGCUUGGAGUUCGGCAGAAGAAAUAUUUUCUUGCGGAGAGGAUCAUUUACUAAUAUGCUGGUAUUUAGAAAGUGGAAAUGCACAUUCUACUGUUAUUACAGAAUUUUCAUCAGAUUUUUUUCCUACUUCGAUGCAAUGGCAUCCACGUCCUAAUCAUUUAAUAACAGCCAGUAAAAAGCAAUCGUUAGAUAUACUUUUAAUCACUACAGCAGAUGGAAGAUUUCAUUUGGUUAAUAAAAAUGGUCGUAUUGAAAAAAGUAUUGACGCUCACAAAGGUGCUACUACUAUUGGCAAGUGGAGUACAGAUGGUUCGGUAUUGCUUACAGCUGGAGAGGAUGGUUUAAUAAAAGUUUGGUCGCGUAGCGGUAUGCUUCGUUCUGUAAUAGUCAGAGGCAAUUCAUCUAUUUUAACAUCAGACUGGAGUCCAGAUUGUUCUAAAAUACUAUAUUCACAGGGAGGAUAUUUAUUUUUCCAAUCACUCAAUUCCAAUUCUAAACCUUACAAGUGGCAUGCUCAUGAAGGUCUCGUCUUGACUGUUUGCUGGAAUCAUAGUCAUGGAUUUAUUAUUUCUGGUGGAGAAGAUUGUCGAUAUAAAGUUUGGGAUUCUAAUGGUAGUCCAAUCUAUAAUAGUAGUCCUGGUGAUCAUCCUAUUACAGCAGUUAGUUGGUGCAGUUCGGGCGAUUAUUUUGCUAUAGGAUCUUUUAACAUGAUUAAACUUUGUGAUAGAACUGGGUGGUCUCAUUCUUUAGAAAAAAUUAAUACUGGAAGUGUAUAUAGUAUAGCAUGGUCUAGUGAUGGUACUCAGGUAGCUAUGACUUGUGGAAAUAAUGUUUUAACUGGUCAUGUUAUAGGCAAAAGACUCGAAUGGAACAAUUAUGAAGCUACCUUAAUUAAAAGGAAAUUAUUAGAAAUUAAAGAAGUUGGUAAUGAAGUUCAUGAAACUAUAGAAAUAUCCGAUCGUGUAGUUCUAUUGGCAUUUGGUUUUGAUCAUUUAAUUGUGAUCACUCCAGGUCAAUGUCACAUUUAUUCUGUUACAAAUUGGAAUACACCUGCAAUAUUUGACUUAAAAAGUAGUUCUGUAUCAGCAGUUAUUCUUGCAAAUAAACAUUUUUUAUUAGUAGAAUGGAACUCUAUAACGUUAUACAAUUAUCAAGGUCGUUUAUUGGGUGUCCCUAAAUGGAAGGGUAUGACACAAGAACCUCUUUAUCCACCUUGUAUAUCCUUAUGUUUUGAUACUCUUGUUGUUAGAGAUCAGAAAAAUGAAAAAUUACUACAUGUUUUAGAAAUAUCAUAUAACAAGCCAAUUGUUGAAAGUCAGUCACAUUCUCAUCCUCAGAAUAUUACUCAAUUGGCAUUAAAUCAUAUUGGAAGCUCCAGUGAUCGACAAUUAGCACUUAUUGAUAUAACUAAAGAUUUAUAUUUAAUUUCCAUAAGAGCAACUGGUUAUAGCCGAGCAUGUAAAAUAGCUGCUAUGGCACAAAAUGUUAUAUGGGCUGUUGAUGCAAAUGUAUUAGCAGCAAUGUUAGAUGCUACUUUAUCCGUAUGGUUGUGUCCUAAUUGUGUACAUUACAGCGAUCGCAAAAUUAUACGACGAACUAGAAUCGAUAAAGAGAGCAGUGAAUUUGGAAAACAACCAACCAUUAUCAGCGUUUACAAUGGUAUGGUCAACGUAAGACGUGGAGAUGGUGCUUUAGUUUCAUCACAAUUUUAUACUUUUUUUACUAGCUUGCAUCAGCUAAUAUUACAAAAAAAGUGGAAAGAAUCUCUUUCACUCUGUCGCAUUGCUCAGAAUGAGAUAUUAUGGACAUGCAUGGCUAUUAUGGCAACAGAUAACAAAGAGUUGAAUGUUGCAGAAGAAGCAUAUGCAGCUAUUAGAAGAUAUGAUAAAGUUGAUUAUGUUCGACAUAUUAAAAAUUUACCCAAGAUAACAGAAAGAUAUGCGGAAAUGGCGUUAUUAUCUGGUGAUUUGCUAGCAGCUGAAGGUAUACUUUUACAAAAUGGGUUAAUUGAAGAAGCUAUUACAUUAAACAUAAAAGUUUACAAUUGGAAUAGGGCACUUGAACUUGCCAUAAGGCAUAAGAAACAAAUAGAAGAAGUUUUAAAUGCAAGAAAAGAUUAUUUAAAAACAUUAAAAAAAGAAGAAACAAACUCAAGUUAUCUUGCUGCAAUGAAUAAUAUAUCUUCAUCUUUGUUACAACAGGCACCAUCAUCAAUAGAAUGAAUUUUAUUUAUUGAUAUUAUUACUAUGGAAUAAGAUAGAAAUAUUUUAACAAUUUCAAUCAUCAUUUUUAUAAAUUAAUUGAAAAUUAACGACAUUAAGUAUUUAAUAAGUCACGGUAUAUUGACUUUGAAUCAUCGCAACUGUUUAUAAUUAUAUUUGAUUUUAUCUACUUUGAAUUGUAUAUUUCGGAAUAGAAGAUGCGCAAGCGUGUGUGUUAGAGAGAUGAUUGCGACAGGUGGUCGCAUCCGGUAUAGAGUCUACAGUAGUAAAGAAUUUUCUAUCUAUGUAUUGGAUCUGUAACGAUCAAGAAUGCAUCAUAGUUAUAUAGAAUAUUUUCCAAAGGUCAAUGGACCUUAAAUGAUGAUAAUUUCAUCGAAUUCUCUAAGGAUGAUUAAAAAUGAUCAAGAAAAUCUAUUAAAUUUAUUUCCUGUAUGUAUCCAACCAUUUACUACUGCUCCUUAUUUAUUUAUAUUUCUACUCCUUCAUUAUCAUUAUUAUUUUUAUUAACACGAAUAGAUGACAUACACGCACAGAGAGAAAAAUAAAUUAUUUGAAAAAUUCACUGGCCGAAUUUUGUUUCACUGCUAUAUUAGAAUAGAAGAAUAGAAGAUAAUUCGAAAGUGAAAAGUAGGAAGAAAAUCUUUCAAGGAAGUUGAAAUUUAAUUUCAAGCGUUAUCGAAGGUCCCAUUCAAGGUCAACGAGUGCAGAAUACACAUAGAUACCAUAUACAUAGAGCUAUAUAACGAAAGAGAACAUGGAAGUUGUUGCAGUGGGUAUUCCGUCUAUUGCCUUUGAAAUAACUAUUACUAAUCGGAUUGAGAAAAGCUGAGUAGCACCGAUGGGACCUUGAAAAACCUGAAUAUCAAAGAGAAUCGCUAGUUCUAAUGCAUCAACAUGAUUACACAGUUUCCACAAUUCUUUUAGAAAUUACUCCUAUUCUGUUGAUAAUAUAUUCAAGUAGAGACCUUUCAGAAGAAAAAAAAAAAAAAAAAAGACAGAAAGAAACAAGAAAAAAGAAAAGAAGAAAAAAAGAGAUACGUCUAAAACGAUUUAUGUAGAACCGAAAAGACCUAAGCGCACUCGUUUCACCGUGAUUUCGCGUUGGACACAAUGCUUAGCUCGGCUGUAUGGUAAUUGUUAAACUUCCUUCAGCGUAAACGUGUACAACGAGGUCAAUUGGCGUUAAAUGGAAGCAUUAUAGCAUUACGUAACUUAGGACCAUUCUGAAGGGUACACCCACGCGACUAUAACCAUAGCUUUUGUUCAUUCUUUGUCGCCUGAGAUCUAUCGUCUGGGAAAUAUAUUUUUCUAAAUCAAAAGUUAUAUAUCCAGACUCGCGAAACUCUUUCUCUCUCUCUCUCUCUCUCUCUCUCUCUCUCUCUCUCUCUUUUAAUCUCAAUGCUCUUAAUCCUAGAUACAACAAGCUAGAGAUCUCUUCAUUAAUAUUAUUAUUACAAUUUCAAUUUGGAUGAAUUCGCAAUAAUGUAUACAUAACAACAUCUAUUAAGCUUCCCUCGAUAUGUAUAUUUGUUGCAAGAAAAGUGAUGUUAUAAUCUAAAUGAAAUUUUCUUUUUUCUUCUUUUUUUAUUUUUACAAAAAGAUUUAUAUCAAGAGAUAGUCUCUGACCUUAUCACACAUGGCCCCGAGAGAUGAUAACUUGCAUGACCAUCGUGUUACACAGAGGUCGACAAUUGUUGACUAAAGUGAAUCGGUUAAUGUAAGCGUUUGCGGUUCGUACUCUGACUGACUUUCAACAUAAGUGGAGACAAGAUACUCCGUAUUAUUAUUCUAUUUAUUCGUCUUAGAGUAUAAUGAGGUUUAAAUUAAAAUAUCAUUAUUUAUUUUAUCUUUACAACGGAGAAUACAUUUUUAUAUUUUGGAUUAACGAUUUAUUUGUCGCAAGUUUUCUUUUUUUCUUUCUUUCUUUUUUUUUUUAAUUUAUGAUCAAGUCGAAGCAUAUCAUUCAAUACGUCUACCAAUACCAUUUCAGUUUGCUCGUUCGAUAGAAAUUGAUAAGAGCUCGAUAGCAUAUGUAUUCAUACCGUCGGAUCACAAAUCAAACACCGCAAGACCUUGCUUAGAGGUAAAUCAAGUGGCGUGUGUGUUGCUAUCGAUAUCCAAGGAUCGUAAUAAAGGCACCUUGAGCGCGCACAUGUUCAAACGAGGACACGU